UCAUUUGGAUUGUGGCACAAGGUCGAAACCUAGAGUUGUCAAGAACCAGUUGCUCCCAAUAACUCGAGUUGUUGGGAGAGGUUCAAUCGUGGAUCAUAUACCACAACACUAACAUGAGUUUCGAGAAUGGCUUUUAACCAACUUGAAGGAAGCAAGAGGGAAAUCAUCGGGAUCCAAGUCCAAACCGACGAAUAUGUUGUUUUUCCCUUUGGUAGGGAAGUGGCGGGAGGACUCAUCAUUGACUAGGGACGAUGUAUAAGUCUUUUCGUCAAUAACAUGGGAGUAUGCUCAAUCACCUGCCUAGAGCGAAAAUGCACAAUAGAAGGCCUUAAACUUACUUGGAACAACGGGUAACAAAGAGCGCGGUUUAAUCUAGAUUCUCUAACGGCAAUCAACAUCAUAAAAAAUGCAAAUGAAGAUGACCAUCGACAUGGUCUCUUGGCCAAACAAUUAGGAUACCCUUAAGUAGAAACUGGGAAGUAAGAGUCUCUCAUGUGUGUAUAGAGAGAGCAAUUUUGCAGCGGACUUUUUGGCUUGUAAAGGGCAUGCAUGGUUCUCUUUUUGGCACAUCUAAUAUGAGAAACCUGAACCUUUUGUUUUGGCUUCCGUGGGAUGUUAUGUGUAAUACUCAUGGAUGAAUGAUGAUUCACGUUUUCCAAACCAAUAUGGGUAAUCCUGUAUUGUUUGGAUAUGAUACUACUAAGAAACUACUUAUCCAACUCAUAAUCAAGGAAUAUGAGAUGAGGGUUGAUAUCCUCAUAUUCAUAACCAUUAGCAAAAUCAUAAUAAAAUCAUCUCCUUAUUAUACUCUUAUGUGUAGCAAUCAUCUUUUCAAGCGAAAAAUAACAUAUCGAGUCUGAAUUAACACUAUUAAAUCAUUCAAAAAUGUUCUUAACUACCAUAUUAAGCACGAUGAAAACAAUAAAAAAAACAAUCAAUUUAUUCAUUUCUCAAUGAUAUAAAGGCUAAUUCCUACGUAUAAUAGAUAUAAAUGUUUUUCAUUAAACCAAAUAUUUUUGUUUAAAACUUUCACUAAAUACCCAAAAAAAAUGGAUUUGUUUGGAGUAUAUCUAAUUAUCUAUCAUCCCAAGUCCCAACCUAGACAUCCAACUUUGACCCACUAGCCAAGGCACCACGUCAUUCCCCUCCCUCUCCACCUUUAACAAGGAAAAUAAAAUAAACUCCCAACUUUACCCCUCUACUCAUUCCCCAAAAUACCCCUCUUCCCUUUCUCUCUCCUCACCAAACACUCACCUCCGCUGGUAAAACCCAUCCAUCCCCUUCCUCCCUCUAUUUCCGCCCCUUUUUCUCCCUCAACCACAACCACCGCCACCACCGCCAUGAAGCUCAAGAACAAAGGCAAAGUCUUCCCCUCCCCCUCCGCCGCCUCCUCCGACUUCCUCUCCGUCCUCAGCCUCCUCCCCGCCGCCAUCCUCGCCCUCGCCUCCGUCCUCUCCCUCCCCGACCGCGAAGUCCUCGCCUACAUGCUCACCAUGUCCCUCAAAUCCACCCCUCCUUCCUCCCUCUCCACCACCAAAAAAUCCUCCAAGAAGCCAUCAUCCAACCACGCCGGCGGAAGCGGAAGCACGAGCAGCGGUCCUCCUCACAAGCCUCCGGUGUUCGGCUGCGACUGCUUCGACUGCUACACCAGCUACUGGUUCCGCUGGGACUCUUCCCCCAACCGCGAGCUCAUCCACCAGGUCAUCGAAGCCUUCGAGGAGCAUCUCCUCACCGCCGAACAGCCCAAGAAGAGCAAGCGCCGCGACAAGACCUCCCGCCGCGUCGCCGCCGCCGCCGCCGCCGAGAUUGCUUCCGAUUCCAAGCUGAAUCAGCUCCUUCCGCCGCCGCCGUCGCAGGUAACGACGACGACUGAUGAACCAGCUGCUUCUUUUGCUCCCGCUGAGAUUGAGGUCGAGACUCCCUCGCCUCCGGCGAGGGAGGAGGAAGAAAGGGCGGUGGUGCUGAGGUUGCCCCCGGCCGCGGAAGGCGGCAGCGGGCAUAAAGGGAUUGGAAGGAAAGUGCUGCCGGACGUGUUCGGGUUGUUGAAUUCGCGUUUAUGGAGUCUUUGGGGUCCGAAUAUUUAAUCUCCCCUAUCCCUAUCUCUAUCCCAGCAAAAGGAGGAAAGGAAGGAAGGCAUUAUUUUGUUUUUUCGACGCCAUUACAGUAGUAGCUAAGCUCUCUCUCUCUCUCUUUGUUUAGAAAUUAUUACUCAGUAGCUUUCUUUUUUGUUCAAAUCUCGAUGAUGGGUUUCUCAUGUCUGUCUCUCUAGAGAGGACAUUUUGUGUAACUAUCGAGGGAGACUGCACACUGCACAUUUCGACCGGCGGGGAAGUGGGGAUUUUCUCGCCGGAGGAGGUUGUUUGGCUGAAUUUUCCGGGAAAAUGAAGGUGGGGGGAAGAAAAAGAUAAGGAAAUUUGUUAAUAAUUCUGAAGCGAAGCCUACUAAUCCGACCUUUUUUUGAUUUUGAUGGAUGCUUUCCUUUCUGUUUUCGAUUUGUUUAAUCAGUACAUUUCUCUCGUAAUUGCUUGGGGAUUAAGUAUUGUGGUGAUUAGGUGAGGGAUUGGCGAGAUAGUUUCUGGCGCUGGUGGGCCACCGGCCCAGUCAAGUGAUGAGUGUCGUCUUUUGGCUGCUAGGCUCUUAUUUUUGUUUAUUAUUAUUAUAUAUAAUUAUAAUGCCAUAUAAUUAAAACCAUGCCAUAGGUUCUUUAACAAUUAUUUAGGCCAUUAAUAAGGAAAUUGUCGGAGAUGAACAUGUUGGCAUUAAUUAUAGAAUGCUAUACCCUGAACUGAAUGAUUUGAGAUUAUUGGAUAAGUCUAUUUUGAUUGUACGAUAUAUGUCUAGGAUUUGCUCCUAAUGACACAAUAAUCGGAUUUGGGUGUUAUUCAAAAUUGAUCAGGUAGAACCUGAAACUCUUUGACACGGUAAUUAUAUGCCACAGAUAAAUUUAUAUAAUAGUUGCAAUUUGUGUCCUUCUCUGGCUGGAAAUCAAAGUUUGAAACUUAAGAUAACCUUAUGUUUUGGUUGAAUAACUUAGGAGUUAGGGCUAGCUACGACUAUGAUCAAUGAUGUGACUACUUUGCUACAGAUUGCACAGUUUUUUUUUCCUCAUUAUUUGAUGUGACUUGAUCUAAUAGUUGUUAAGGACUUGUUUGCGUCAUGGAUUCGGUUUAAAAUGCAAUUAACUAUGCACUGUCUCAAAUAUCAUUAUUUGCUAGCCAAUUUUAGGAUGUAAAAUUUGUGGGGCUCAUGGUUGUUUUAAGGGUAUGAAUCUAAAAAAAACUUGCAAAUUGGCAAAUCCCAUAUGGGGGUUAUUUGAUGAAGGCUAAAAAUUCAUCAUACUAACAAAUAUAAUCAAGCAAAAUCGACUUGAGGGUUCGAUUUGUAGGUCGGAGUAGUAAUAGGGUAGCCCAUUUGGUGGCUAAGAAAGUCCUCUCUUUGUGCCCGAUCAUGAGUCGUGUCUUUAACUAUCAGGCCUGGCUGCUUACCAGGAUGUAACUAUUUUUUCGGAAUCAAUACAAGAUUCUGAAUUGAGGGUUCGAUUUGUAGGUCUUAGUAGUAAUAGGGGUAGCCCAUUUGGUGGCUAAGAGAGCCCUCUCUUUGUACCCGAUCAUGAGUCGUGUCUUUAACUAUCAGGUCUGGCUGCUUUCCAGGAUGUAACUAUUUUUUCGGAAUCAAUACAAGAUUAUCUUUUGUCAAAAAAAAAUCAAGCAAAAUCGACAAUAAAUCCAAAAAACAAACAAUCAAAAAUUUCAAAUUUAUAAUACCAACAAAUCAAUCAUAAAUCUAUAGUUAUUCACAAUCCAAAAUUUAUAAAAACUCUCAUUUUUUUCAUAUUCGCGAAUUAAAUGAGGCUUAACUUAAAAAUGUAAUGAUUUAGUGCCCAUGAAAUCGUACACUCAAAUCGGCCACUUAAGACUUAAACAAUGAAAUUACAAAAAUGGUGCAUGGGAUGGGACGGGAGUAGUUAAUUAUAAAUCCCAGUGUUUAUACUUUAAUCAAUUCUCAUUGGGAGGCUACACUUUUUUGAAUGUCAAUGAAUGAGUGGAUGCGAA